AUGAAAAGUUUAUUCAAGAAAUCAUUUUCAAUACAAUCACAAUCUUUGAUGAGUGGAUCAGACAAGAAAAAGUUGAAAGAGAAAUUAUCAUAUCGAUUCAAGUCGUUAUGUUCAUCCAAUUCAUCUAUUACAGCAGAUACAUUUGAUCAAGUACUACAAAAUAAAAAGGAUUUAGGUGUGGUAAAGAUUCAUAAUCCACAAGCUACUCUUUAUUGUCAAUUAGGAGAUCCUUUAUUCUUUGAAUAUUCAAAUCAACUAUAUCCUUCAAUUUAUACAUUAUAUAAAUUACCAAAUUUAUUACCGAUUGUUUUGAUUCAUGCACCUGUAUUUAAAUAUAUAUCGACUGGUGCCGAUUUGAUGUUUAGAGGUAUUAUCAAUUUCGAUCAAGUACCAGAGACUGAAGGUAGUUUGGUUUCAAUUUGUAUUAAAGGUUGUCCACAACCAAUUGCAUUUGGUCAAACUUUAAAGUUUACAAAAAAGGAUAAAAUCGAUCAAUCUGGAAAGGCUGUUCAAAUCAUUCAUCAUGUUGAUGACGCUCUUUGGAAUUAUGGUUCAAAAAGUUUACAAUUUAAUUUUCAAGAAGAAAUAGAAGAAGAAGAGGAGAAGGAAAAUGAGGAGGAAGAAAAAGAACAAGAAGAGGAGGAAGAAGAAGAUGAUGAUGACCAAGAAGAAGAGGAAGAGGAAAUGAAAGAAAAAUUGGAAAAAUUAAAUAUUAAAGAUACAACAACAACAUCAACAGUAUCAAAUAAUCCUUCUUCUACAAUAUCAAAAGAAAAAAUGGAUGAAAUAAUAGAAACAAGUUUUAUGGGAACAAUUAAAGUUGGUAUAAAAGAUGGAGAAUUACCAAUGGUAUUAAAGACAUUUUUCAACAAGUAUAUGUUGUAUUAUGCACCAUCGAAUGAACCAGAAAUCAAUAUUGCCAAAUCAUCAUAUAAAAAGGUAUCAAAACUAUUAGAGGCAAUGAAAAAGAGAGGAUUGGUAGAGACUAGUGAACCGACACCAGGUAAUAUCAUGGUGACUAGAAUCGUUAGAUCACAUCCAGAUUACAAAUCAUUUGUACCAUUGUCAGAUCAAGAUAUAGUUGGUGAUAAACCAUCACAAACAAAAGGUGAUGAUGAUGAUCAAGGUGAUAUUGAUGAUCCAUAUGGUAGUACUGGUACUGGUUUGGCACCAAUUAAAUCAAUUGUACCAGUCUAUCCAUUACCAAAUACCUUUUUCGAAUAUGCUAUAGAAGGUAAAAAGUAUUAUACCUUUCAACCAGAGAUCAAGACAAUGGUCGGAAAAUAUAUUGUCGAUCAUAAAUUGGAUGAUCCAAUCUAUCGAGCAAAUAUAAAGUUGGAUGAAUCUCUUGCCAAUAUGUUGGGUAGAGAGAUUGGACAAUCUGUAGGCAAGAAUCAAUUACUCCCAUUAAUCAAAGAACAAAUGAAAUUGUAUCUAGAGAUUUCACGUUCAGAUGGAUCAGUUCAAUACAUUCAAUCAAAGAAAAUAGAAAUCUAUGCUAAAAAGGUUGCCAACAAAUAUAUACUAGAAGUUCACAACCUACACUUGUUUUCCAUUUCAUUAAAGGAAUUUGCAAAGGAUGGUAUGAAAGAAUUUGCAGCUAGUACUACAGUCACUCAAGGUAUUGGUAAAAAUUAUAAUAUUGUUAAAAUUCAAGGUAACGAUGCAGAUAGAGUAUCAACACAUUUACAACAAAAAUAUCAUAUACCAUCUUUUUGUAUUGAUUGUAUUAUCCAUCCAAGUACUACUUAA